UACCUCUCCUCUUUGCUUUUCCAUUUAAACAUGUUUUUCUCCCUAUUCCCACGCCCAUUCCUACAAAUGUUAAAUCAAUUUUCAUCUCUACCUGUUUUUGAUUCGCACGCCACAAUUCUUUUCAUUCUACGUAAAUAAUUUCAACCAUUUAUAUAUACACACCUUCUCCAUUUGCUUGUGGAAGAAUUUUCAAUCAUUUCACAUUUCUCCACAUACAUACCCUUAAUUAGAGAGAGAGAGAGACUUUGAUCAACUCUUCAUUUUUUCUUAUUAUGGAAAAGGGAUGGGGUCUCGACCUUGAGAAUUCCGAUCGAGUUGGAUUCUUCGGUGGAAAAUCGUGUAGUAGCCGGAUCAGCCCGAUGUUUCCAGUGGACUCGAGCGGUAGAGGAGAGGUUUUAGGUGCAGUGGAUUUCUUCUCCGAGAAGAAAGAGAUCAGAGAUUUGGACGUAAAUAUUGGUUUGACUCCUAGAGACCGAUCCACCGUGGAUGCCGAUGAUCGCCGAUCCAAAAUUGAGCUGGGACAUAUUCAGGUUGAAAUCGAGAGAAUGAAAGCUGAAAAUCAGAGAUUGAAAGGGAUGGUUACUCACAUCAGCAAUGAUUGCACCAAUCUGCAGAUGCACCUCCACACCUUGAUGCAACACCAACAAAAUGCUACACAGCACCACCAGAUUGUUGAGAGAAAAUCCGAAGACAAGGGAGUAGCAUUGGUUCCGAGACAAUUCUUGGAGUUGAAUAAGGAAAUGAAUGAUGAACAAUCGGGGUCAUCUUCCGAAGAGAGAACGCUAUCGGGGAAUAAAAGGGUCGAGCGCGACGGAUCGGAAGGCUCGGCCCCCAACAAGUCACCUAAGCCGGCUGAUCCGCUGCCAGACGCCACUAUGCGCAAAGCCCGUGUCUCCGUCCGAGCUCGAUCCGAGGCGCCCAUGAUUUCGGAUGGAUGCCAAUGGAGAAAAUAUGGGCAAAAGAUGGCGAAAGGCAAUCCGUGUCCACGAGCUUAUUAUCGUUGCACGAUGGCUGUCGGUUGUCCCGUUCGAAAACAAGUCCAAAGAUGUGCGGAGGAUCGAACAAUCUUGAUCACGACCUACGAGGGAAACCACAGCCACCCUCUCCCGCCCGCGGCCAUGUCAAUGGCCUCGACCACAUCCGCGGCCGCGAGCAUGCUACUCUCGGGAUCUAUGCCGAGCGCCGAUGGCGGCCUAAUAAAUCCUGGCUUCCUAACACGAACGAUGCUCCCAUGCUCUCCAAACAUGGCCGCAAUCUCCGCCUCCGCUCCUUUCCCCACCAUCACACUCGACCUAACCGAACAACGGCCCGGCCCGAACUUCCAGCUGCCCUUCGCUCCGCCUACGCCGCCACCGUUUCAUCAGGUUUUCGGUCAAGUAAUCCAAAAUCAGUCCCAAUUUUCGGGCCUUCAAAUGUCUCCGGACAAGAAUGAGCCGUCUUACGCCGACAGGCUUAGCGCGGCCACGGCUGCUAUCACGUCCGAUCCAACAUUCACAGCGGCCCUAGCCGCGGCCAUCUCGUCCAUCCUCGGCGGAGCUCAGCCCAAUAGCGAUGGUGCCGCUAAUUAUUCCGAUGUAAAUACUAAUGACAAGAAUACACAGUGAUCAAACAUUUAUUGAGCCACUUUUUUUCAUCAAAAGAAAAAUAACUACUAGUACCACAUUUCUAUCUAUGUCUAGUUUUUAAUUCUCAUUUUUGUGGAAUUAGCAUGUUGAUAUUGUUAUGUAAUACUGUGGGAAAAGUUUUGGGACAAAUUUUACAUUCUUUAAUUGGCAUCAUUGUGUUACAAUGA